ACUGCGUGCGCGCGUGUACUUGUGCGCGGGUCUAUGCUUUCGAUCGGGAGAAAAGGCGCUGCAGUAAAUGCCGUGUAAGCGCAAGAAUAUUGAUGCGACGGAAAGGCGGCUGGCUUGACCGCGGCUCACAAAUGACGGCUCACUUGACCGGGAGAAGCAUGCCACGCUAUUUUUCCCUGAUAACUUGUCGUUUGUUGCUAAUAUCUGCGCUCCUGUUUACCAGAGAAGCUGACGCUCUACAGGUGAUUGGUGGAAGUGUGACAGCGAUUCAAGGAGUGCCUCCUUUCACAAGUGUGAUGGACAAUCUUCCCACUUUGGGCACAGAAGAGGUUUUAUUUGCUACCUGCACGGCUGCUGGAUCGAAGCCUCCUGCAGAAGUGAGGUGGCUCACUGGUGCUUUGGGAGACAAAGUGAGGACGACAACAAACUCCACCCAGUAUGACAACGGUACGACUACCACAGUCAGCUCUCUGUUUGGCGUUCCUACAAGAAAGAUUAACGGUCACCAGGUCCAGUGUGUCAUCAGUGGUGACUCCCUGUCUACAGAAGAAACCCUGGCCUUCACCAUACAGGUCUACUUUUCUCCUAUAGAAGUGAAAAUUUCAGCAAUUUCAGAGGAUUCAUUUGAGUGUGUGACAGAAGCUAACCCAAAUGCAAAAUUCACCUGGAUCAGAUCUGGCCAGUAUUUGCUGGAGUCUGCUGUCAAAGUAGAGGGUGCAAACCUACAACUGCUCAGCCUGACGUCUGAUCUAAAUGGACUCUAUCAGUGUGAAGCAUCUAACGCAUAUGGAAGUAAACACGGUCAACUCUAUAUGCAUGUGACAUCAGGAACAUGCCGUGUUGCCUGGGCAUUAUUUCUUGUUUUGCUUUCCCUGAAUGUUGGGGCUGCAGCAUGGUACUUUUAUAAAUCUGGACGUUUUCAAAGCUGUGGGAGCAAAUAAUGGACAACAUCUGGACCGAUACCUCCACCAACGUGUCAUUCCACAGUCAACUGGUAAACAAACAGAUGAAUAGAUGGAAGUACUUGGUAAACUUUCCUACCCCCGAAUCCCUUUUAUUUUGUGAUUCAGGUUUAUAAAUGUUUUUGUCUUACUUUAAAAUUGCAAUAAUUGCAUAAAUACACGCAAAACAUUGGUAAAUGACUCCCACUCUCCUUGCAUGUCACUGCCACAGCAUUUUGGAUGUGGCUUUUACUGACUGUUCCUGUUGUCAUGAACAACUUAAACAGUGUUUGGGAUCCAUACUGUUUCCACCAACAGUUUGAAGUGCUUUCAUCUGCAGUUAACUGUUGAUAGCAGUUGUAUUAAUGUGGUUACAGCUGUUGUUGUUUUUCCCCAUCUGCUUAUUAUUAUUCAUGAAGGGUAACAAUGUUAAUUGCACAUUUUUAUGUUUAAAAUGUACAGUACCAGCACAAGUUUAGACACAUAGCCCGUUCAUAUUAAACAACAGAUGUAUCAGCAGUACACCAGAAAAGCCCAUGCAGACAGUGGGUUCAAAACAGCUUUCAGACAGUAUAAACACUCACACCAGACAACUCCUUGAAUGCAGUAAUCUGUCUGUCUGAUGUAUAAUUACUACUGAGCAGCCAAAGCUGAGGGUGCAAACACUUGCUCUGUAAUUUCAACCAGUAACAUUAGUAUAUAAUUUUCUAACUAUGCAGCUCUGCCUUUGUCCUUUUUAUUAAAAAAAAGGAAUCUCAAUUACUUAUCUGGGAUGUUUUUUUCACUGCAAGUUCUGCUGCUAAAUGACUUGUCCCUUUUUUCCAAUGUACUCUCAACUUUCCAUUUCGACAGCAGGCAGCUUUAGUUACACUGUGACUCAUUUUGGAAUCUGUUAGAUAGCAUUGGCCUUAUCACAACUCCUGACACAACAACAGAAGAGGAUAAAUUGUUUCCCUUAUUUCAUGUUGUUUUCACAGACCUGCUGAUUUCCUAGUUGAACUUUUGCACAUUAGGUAUGAACUUUUACUGCAGUGAAUGAUAGAGAUACCAAAUUUAUUUUCUGAGGAUAAAUUAAAUAACUAAAGCAUGGUCUUUGGUCUGUAUUGUGUGAGUACAAGAAAAUAA